AUGAUGGAUGAUGAUGUCAUCAAUGAUCGUUCCCUUUGCUCCAGAAAAAGAUAUGAGGACGAGGAAGAUUAUCAUUCUAUCUAUAUUGGUGUGCCAGCCCCAAGGAGCUAUAGAAGGAAGCGGCGCAGGAGGAGGUCUUUGUCGAGCCGGGAGAGGAGCAGUGAAAAUGAGAAACAUUACAGUAGAGACGAGCAUUCAGAUACAGAUGAAGGAGGCCGUGUCAGUUAUGAUGAAAAUUUUGCCAUCGACAGAACCAUGUCUCCUGCAGCUGAACGCCUAAGGUACAUCUUGGGAGAAGAUGAUGAGACCCCAAACCCAACCUUGUUCACCGAGAUGGACACUCUUCAACAUGAUGGGGAUGAACUGGAGUGGAAAGAAACUGCCAGGUGGCUAAAGUUUGAGGAAAAAGUGGAGGAAGGAGGAGAGAGGUGGAGUAAACCUCAUGUGUCUACACUGUCUCUGCACAGCCUGUUUGAAUUGAGGACCUGUCUACAGACUGGAACAGUGAUACUAGAUUUAGAUGGUUAUUCACUGCCACAAAUUGUAGAUGACAUCAUUGAAAAGCAGGUUGAAGAAGGAUCUCUGAAGCCUGAACUCAGGGAAAAAGUCAGCUUUGUCUUACUAAGAAAACACAGGCAUCAAACCAAGAAGGCUAUUCAUAGGUCUCUGGCAGAUAUCGGGAAAUCUGUGUCCUCCAACACUAAUCGUAUUCCUGUCCCAAGCACUCCAGUUGGUCCCCAUUUACACCGCUCAACAGAAGACCUGAGAAUGAGGCAAAACUCAGCUUAUGGACGACUACGUCAUGCACAAAGCAGGAGCAUGAAUGACAUUAGUGAUGCUCCAAGUUCAGACCAGCUAAAAAAUAAGUUCAUUAAGAAGAUUCCCAGAGAUGCUGAGGCCUCCAAUGUUUUGGUAGGAGAAGUGGAUUUUUUAGAAAAACCUUUUGUAGCAUUCGUUCGGCUGGUCCAGUCUCUUAUGCUGGGUGGUGUUACGGAAGUUCCUGUGCCCACAAGGUUCCUGUUUAUUUUACUGGGCCCAAUUGGAAAAGCUAAAUCCUACACUGAGAUUGGCAGAGCAAUUGCAACCCUGAUGGUGGACGAUCUGUUCAGUGAUGUUGCCUACAAAGCUAAAGACCGUGAAGACCUCAUCGCAGGAAUAGAUGAAUUUCUGGAUGAGGUUAUAGUCCUACCCCCAGGAGAAUGGGAUCCUACAAUAAGAAUAGAGCCACCUAAAAAGAUCCCAUCAGCCGACCAGAGGAAAUCCAUGUUUUCUGUCAAUGAAGCUGGCCAGAUGAAUGGAUCAGCCGGAGGAGGUGGAGGAAGCGGAGGUGGAGGUAGUGAAGAUGGGGAGAUGCCAUGUUCCCAUGAGGUUGGAGAAGAACUUUCUUGGACUGGAAAAUUCUGUGGAGGACUGUAUCUGGAUAUAAAAAGGAAGCUCCCUUGGUUUUUGAGUGAUUUCUAUGAAGCUUUUCACAUUCAGUCUAUUUCCGCUAUUAUCUUCAUUUACUUGGGCUGCAUUACUAACGCCAUUACAUUUGGUGGUUUGCUUGGAGAUGCUACAGAUAACUAUCAGGGCGUUAUGGAAAGCUUCCUGGGUACUGCAAUGACCGGUUCUAUUUUUUGCCUCUUUGCCGGACAACCUCUUAUCAUCUUGAGUAGCACUGGGCCCAUUCUCAUCUUUGAAAAACUUCUAUUUGAUUUCAGCAAAGGUAAUGACAUAGACUAUAUGGAGUUCCGCCUUUGGAUUGGCCUUCACUCAGCUUUUCAGUGCCUUUUACUCGUCGCUACAGAUGCCAGCUUCAUUAUAAAAUACAUCACUCGUUUCACAGAAGAAGGAUUUUCUACACUCAUCAGUUUCAUUUUUAUCUAUGAUGCCAUUAAGAAGAUGAUAGGAGCUUUCAAAUACUAUCCCAUCAACUCUGACUUUAAACCUGACUAUGUCACCUUUUAUCGAUGCGAGUGUGUGGCACCUGACCCAGUGAAUGCAACUUUUUUCAAUGCUUCAGCUGGGUUUGCACCAAACAACACUAACAUCUCUUUGUACAAUGGUAUGAACAACACAGCUCUGGACUGGAGUCAGCUCAGUAUGAAGGAAUGUCUGAAAUAUGGAGGGAGUCUGGUGGGCAACUCAUGUAACUACGUGCCCGAUUUAGCUCUUAUGUCUUUCAUCCUAUUCUUUGGGACAUACUCCAUGACUGUAACAUUGAAGAAAUUCAAGUUCAGCCGCUACUUUCCCACCAAGUUACGUACCCUGAUGGCCGAUUUCUCCAUUGUCUUCACUAUCCUUAUCUUCUGUGGCAUAGAUGCAUAUUUUGAGCUGGAAACUCCUAAGCUGCAUGUUCCCAGUACAAUCAAGCCGACACGCCCUGAUCGUGGAUGGUUUGUAUUCCCUUUUGGUAAGAACCCUUGGUGGAUUUACCUAGCCAGCGCGCUUCCAGCACUGUUGGUGACAAUUCUGAUUUUUAUGGAUCAACAAAUUACAGCUGUAAUAGUCAACAGAAAAGAGAACAAGUUAAGGAAAGGCUGUGGGUACCACCUGGACCUCUUCUGGGUUGGGAUUCUGUUGGCCGUUUGCUCCUUUAUGGGGUUACCUUGGUAUGUAGCAGCAACUGUCAUCUCCAUUGCUCACAUCGACAGCUUAAAGAUGGAGACAGAAACAAGUGCACCUGGGGAGCAGCCUCAGUUUUUGGGGGUUCGGGAACAAAGAGUUACUGGAAUUAUAGUAUUUGUUCUUACUGGGAUCUCGGUGUUCCUGGCUCCUGUUCUUAAGUAUAUUCCCAUGCCGGUCCUUUAUGGAGUAUUCCUGUACAUGGGGGUGGCAUCACUUAACGGAAUUCAGUUCUGGGACAGGUGUAAGCUUUUCUUCAUGCCAGCAAAGCACCAGCCUGACUACGCAUAUCUCCGGCAUGUGCCUUUACGCAGAGUCCAUCUCUUUACUCUUGUCCAAAUUGUCUGCCUUGCUAUCCUGUGGAUCCUCAAGUCUACCGUUGCAGCUAUUAUUUUCCCAGUCAUGAUACUCGGAUUGAUAAUGGUGAGGAAAAUGUUGGACUGGGUGUUUAGCCAGCACGAUCUUGCAUGGUUGGAUGACAUCUUGCCAGAGAAAGACAAGAAAAAGCAAGAGGAAAAGAGCAAGAAAAAAAAGGAUAAAGAAGAAAUCGACAGUGAUGAGGACCGAGGUGGCCACCCAGGGGCACUGCAUUCAGACUCGUCUGCCAAUGGAUCUGAUAUGGAUCGUAGCAUUACACUGCAUCUUAAGAUAUCCUGUCCUCCUUCUCCUGCUAUUACCUACCCCAGAAACGCAAUGACCACCGUCCCACAAGUGAAGAUUGAGAUGGAGUCAGAAUAUGAAGACUCCGAUUUGGAAAAGAACCCUCGAGAUCGAGGCAGUGAAACCACUUUAUAA